GUGGGGGGAGGCAUGACUUUUAGGGUGGGGAUUGACGCUUAUAGCCCUUGCCCUCCAUAUCGUUCAUUGGACAGAUGCAAAUAAUCAAUAAAAGCUGGUCUAGAGCAAAAGUUUAGCUUUUCUGACUAUUGCACUAACGUCAUUUGGGGAAGAGUUGUUGAAGCGAUUAUAACUCCCCAGGCAUGAUGGAGGACGGGCGGACACAGGUGUUGAACCCAGCGAGUAUUUCUUCAUUAGAGUCCUGGGUCCAGAAGACGGCGGUAAAGCUGGUCCAGAUAAAUGGGCAGCGAAAGUACGGGGGGCCGCCGCCCAACUGGACUGGACCGGCGCCAGGGCCUGGAUGUGAGGUGUUCAUCAGCCAGAUCCCGCGGGACAUCUACGAGGACCGGCUGAUCCCGCUCUUCCAGCAGGUGGCGCCGCUCUACGAGUUCCGGCUCAUGAUGAACUUCAGCGGGCAGAACCGUGGUUUUGCUUACGCCAAAUAUGGCAACCCGCUGCAUGCCGGCGUUGCCGUUCGCACCCUCCACCGGCACGAGCUGCAGGAGGGCGCAUGCCUGGUCGUGCGGCACAGCACGGAGAAGAGGCAGCUGAGCCUGGGCGAGAUGCCAGCCGGUGUGCAGCGUGAGCAGCUGCUGCAGGCGCUGCGUGGCAUCGCCGACGGCGUGGAGAGCCUGACCCUCCGGCCCGGGAAGGGCGGCGGUGUCACUGCUGUGGUGCAGUACACCUCGCACUACACUGCAUCCAUGGCAAAGAAAGUGCUGUGUGAAGCGUUCAAGAAGAGGUUUGAUAUCAUCAUCACGGUGAAGUGGCAGACCUUUUCUGGGAAGUCCAGGCAGGACGUGAAUCAGGCGAAGCUCUCAGCCUCUCCCCCACCAGGCUUUCCCCAGGCGACCCUCAGGUCUUCCCUCCUUCCCCCCUCCCUUCUGGAUGGUGGCCAUCGCUCGGCCCUCGGACAGUACCCCUCCCUGCCCCGGCCAGCCCGCCCGGGCAGAGAGGCACUCCUGUUCGGGGACGCCGUGGCCUUGCUGAGGAAGGUGUGUGACAUGCUGGAUUUGGGGCCCCCGUUCUACAGCACGCAGUACCUCUGCUCCAGCCCGGAGGGCCUCCUCUGCUUCGCCUUCAGGGUGCUGAUCCCAGGCGUGCCGCUGCCAUACACAGGCACGACCCGCGUGCUGCCAAGCUCCAGCGGGGGCGCCCAGAGGCAGGAAGUGCAGCAGGCAGCGGCCGAGCAUGUCCUGAGGUCUCUCUACCAGGCUUGAGAUCCCCCUUUUAUUACACAACCUGAAGGUUGGUGUUUUCUUGUUUUAAUUUUUUUUAUAUGUUUUAUUUAGCAGAAAUCUUUGCGUCUUUUGAAUUGUGGAAAAAAAUAAUUAAUAGUUUUUACUUUUGAGAAAAUGUACUGAGAACCGUAUAUAUGAAAAAUGUGGGUGUGAUCUCUCUUUGAUUACUAGGGUCAUGUGUUUAAUUUUGGGGGAUCUCGUCUGCUUCUCUUUUCAGCUGCAUGCUUAUCACUGCCUUCUUUGUGUGUGAAUGAUUUUAUUUCACUUGUGGUUUUGCACUUAAUUUCUUUUGGUUGACUUCACAUUCACUUUUGCAGAAUGUUCUGAUGUGCACUAAUUGAUGGCUGGCUUUUGUGUUUGACUCGUUCUUGUAUUAAAAUGAAAAAUAAGAUA